AUGACGAAGAAGGUAGCCCCAAACACAUCCAACUCGGACCCUUCACCGACCUGGAGCAAUGUCACUACGCCUGGUGAGCGCAGGUCUCCCGCCCCGAUAGCCGCUCAGCCCUUUCUCUUGACGGAAGCCACCUUUUCCAGCCCAGCAUAUAGUGCUAGUCUAUUACACAGUGAAAACGAGCUUCACAACAGCAGAGUCAACGCACUGUGUCGUGUGUUGAGGCAGCUCUGCGAUGAGCCUAGCCGACAGCGUCUCAAGACCAUGGUUGAGAACUAUUUUCAGCGCAGCAAGGCUACGACCUCGCCCAAGACACUCCUGAUUCCAGCCAUGCACAGCAUCGAUGUCAUGAUGGAGAAGGUGUCCUACGAAAACCAAGAGGCGGACUUGGUGAAGCUGAGCAAUGAAAUCAUUGCCCUCACUAGCCAGCCCAUCGAGAUUGACCAGCUCACCACACCGCAGGCGUUUAUUGAAAUGUUUGCUGGCGAUGUGGUGAGGCUUGAAUAUCUGGGAGACUUGUUCGCCAUUGCCGCGUGGUCGGAGCGCUUAGACCUAGAUGACGCCGAAGGGCGCAAAGCGAUGCUGGAGAAUAUGCUCUGGUGCUCGGGCACAUGUCUGACUAUUUGCCGCGCCGUAACCAAGCUAAACGAUUUGUUAAUUUGGUUGGGCCAUACGCACUAUAUGCUAGUUGCCACAGUCAAGGGCCACGCCUACGAAGAAUCAUGGAAGGCUCUAGGGGACCUCAUUUCAGACGUCAUUGUCUUUGGCAUGCACGACGACAAACUUAUUGUCAAAGACACCCCCUUCUUCAUCCAGCAAUGGCGUCGUAAAAUAUUCCACAGCAUCUACAGCAAAGACAAAUUCCUCGCUACAGUCUUUGAUCGCCCCCCGCGCCUGCUGAAGCGCUACUCGGGCGUCAUUUUACCGUUGGAUCUGCCAGACGAGGAUAUUCUGCAAAACGACGAAGACGUAGCUAAAACUAGAGUCACGCCGGAAGGGUGGAAUCUGGCUGGCGUGCGCAGCGGCAGUAGCUGGGUGCGUGUCCGCUCGCACAUAGCUGAGAUGCUGGAGCUUGUGCACGAACACCGGUACCGCGCCGUAACUGACGAGAACCUAGCAAGACUAAAGAAGGCAUCAGAACGUAACUGGAAGACGUGGGGGACAAUUCCAGGAACUCUGCGCUACGAUCCGACGUGCUGGGUAGAAAACUCAGACUCCCAAGAAUGCUUUAUGCUGACAAACGUCUACUUGACGUUUUUACACUGCGACUUUCUCAUAUGGCGGACGCUGAGCAAGCACGCCCCCGAGUCGCAGAUGCAGCUGCUCCAGACAUCAAGCCAUAUUUUAUCGCUAGUACAGGAGCUGGGAUCAUUUCGACGGAGAGGCAUAUCGUUUCAUGUGCGAUUUGCCCAUGUGAUGCUCUGGGAUGGCUUGUCGCCAGCCAUUGCACUAGCCCAGGCAGCACAAACCAUAGCCCGCAAGGGCAGUGCGGCAGUUAACCUGCCGGCGGGGCUCGACCGUGCACGCCUUGUGCGGCUGUUGUCCGUAUUUGUGUCGGAGCUGGAAAGCAUUACGGGCCCCAACGAGCCCAACUUUGACAUGUGUGAGCGGGCGGGCGUGGCUAUUUCACGGACCCUCGAUGAGCUGCUGAAUGCGCCGCCGACAAUAACGACGCCGAAUACGUACACUGAGCCUGCACCCAUUCCUGAUCCGGGGCCUAUCGUGCUUAUGCCCGACUUCAUGACGCCUGAUGGGCUGCACGGCGAUGUCUGGGAGGGCCUGGACAUGUCGACGUGGGCGGGCAUGUUUGACUGGACAACCAUGUAUGAGCAAGAUACGCCAUGGGCCAUCUCAUAA